AUGACUCAACUUCGCUUCGUCACACUCGACGUCUUCACCUCGAAGCCAUACUCUGGCAACCCGCUUGCCGUAGUCUUCCUACCGGAAGAUGAGUCUCAAGCCUUGACUCAGCGUCAAAAGCACCAGAUGACGCUAGAGUUCAACCUAUCAGAGACCAUCUUCGUCCACCCAGUGCGCGAGCAAUCCAAGCGCAAAAUCGACAUUUUCACCAUUGAAUGCGAGAUCCCAUUCGCAGGACACCCAACCAUCGGAGCCGCAACGUGGUUCCUAUGCCAAGCUCCGGAUGCCGCCGGUAGCGGGGUGACCACAUUGAUCACCAAGUCUGGCGAGAUCCCCAUCUCCAUUCAAGAUCCCGCGACGCAGUAUGUUGCUGCGCACAUCGCCCAUAAUACACGCAUUCAUGCGGCGCGCUUCCCGCUCAAGGAGAUGCUGCGUCUCCACCCGACUCUGGCGCCGUUUUUCUCCCAACAGCCCGAUUUAUCGUUCCCAUUGUUUUCGAUUGUGAAUGGCAUGUCGCAGACUUUUAUUGAACUUCCGUCUUUGGAGGCGUUGGCUGCGGUCCCUCUCGCUGCAGGUGGCCAGUUGGUACCUGUAGAGGAUAACUACUUGGAUGAGGGCUGGAGAUCCGGACUGAUCUGUGUUUAUUUCUUCGUUCGCGAUGUUGAAGACAACGUCAUGAAGCAAAAGGUCAUCCGCACCCGUAUGAUGCUGGGUGGACUGGAGGACCCGGCAACUGGUAGCUCAGCUAGCGGGUUAGCGGCAUACCUGACAUUGACAGAGGGUCAAGCUGGAAAGGAGCAUCGGUACCACUUUGUCCAGGGCGUUGAAAUGAAUCGGCGCAGUGAUAUCGGCGUCAACGUCACUCUGGAUAGUGAUAAGAAGAUUGACCAAGUUUUGCUGACCGGUACUGCGGUGCAGGUGUCGGAGGGCAAGAUUUUUGCUCCCAAGGCAUGA